GUUUAUUAUUAACGACAACAACGGCCUAAUUUCCUCGUUAGUGUGAAAAAGCUACCUUACAAAGAUCGAUUAUAACUUCAUCUUCUGAAAAUAUUCAUAGUACUGUUUCGUAAUAAACCAACUCUGCAUUGAUCUACGGUUUUCAAAGAAGAAUUGUGUUUAAAAUAAUGUGGAAUGAUACGUUAAAAUGAUGGAAGUGGACAAACGCAGUCUGCAGGAUCAUAACUAUUCGUUCAGUAAUAUCAUCUGUGUGAAGAGAGACGUUUGUGUGAGAUCUGAUCAAGAUCACAACUACUCUAGUCCUAGUCCGAGUAAACAGUGUCCCGAGACCCAGAAACGCAUUUUAAAAGUGGAACACUCCUACAGCUCAGCUGCAGAGAAUAUAACAAAUAUUGGUGACAUUGAGUCCAGGCGUGCUUCAGAAAGAGAUCAUAGUUAUAUGAGAGUAAUAAAGAACUUUUGUAAGAAAUUGAAAAUGGAUGAUCAUAGCUACGCUGUGCAAUAACAGAUGAUCGCAUAUCCAACUUGAGUUGAACCAAUCAGCCGCCACAACAAUGACAACAAGACAACUCAUCAUUAAUGCUGACGAUUUCGGCUAUUGUCGACAGCGGAACAAUGGAAUUGUGGCAUGUUACAAAGCAGGGGGAAUUACAAGUGCAUCUCUGAUGGUGAAUGCCUCAGAAGCCGGAGAUGCAGUCAAGCAGGCCAAACAAGUGGGAUUACCAAUAGGACUACACCUCAAUUUGACUGAAGGUUAUCCAGUGUCUUCUAAAACCAAGGACUCCGCUAUCACUAACUCUGAAGGCCUCUUCCUUGGCAAACUUGGAUUUCCAGAGAAGAUCCUUUCAGGUUCAUUCGACUGUGAUGCAGUCAGAAAUGAAAUAGAAGCUCAAAUUGAACUGUUCUCCCACAUGUGUGGAGCCCUGCCAGUUCAUGUAGAUGGUCAUCAGCAUGCUCAUGUGAUUCCAGGUGUAUGUGAAAUAUUUGCCUCUGUGAUGCAGCAGUAUGGCAUCAAAUGGACGAGGUUACCUGUGGAUCGUUCACUGAAGGAUUGUGAUUGGUUGGAUUCAAUGCCAGAUAGGAAGAGUUUCCUUCAAAAAGUUGUUCUUGAUUCUGAGAAAACCAGAACUGUCUAUGAUGAACAUGCAAUUAGAUAUCCUAAGAAAUAUGUUGGUAUGACAACAAUGGGAAGCAUGAUGACGGUAGAGAGACUUCAGGAGCAACUGGCGUCUGCUUUUCAAAAUAUCCUGCCACGAAAUGACUAUGCAAGGAACUCGGAGGGCAAGGGAAAGGAGGUGGAGUCUGAUGCGAGAGGAGGUGGUGACUGUGGCAUGUAUUUGCCAGAGGUUUCAACUUGUGAACUCAUGGUGCAUCCAGGCUAUGUUAACGUCGAUGAGGACGGUGGCUGCGGCGCUGGGCCAGACCGCUUUUCAAAGUCACCUGACCGUGAACAUGAAAUGAACAUCCUUAUGUCUGCUGACAUGAUCAAGUUUUAUCAGAAGGAAGGAUAUAAACUGUGUUCUUAUUGUGAUUUAUCAUAGCAUUUAUGGACUAUUUUUGAUGCCAUUAUUGUGUCAUGUAGAUUGAGUUAUCGGGCUUAUUUCAUUCAAGAAUUUAAACCGGUGGACACUGAAGUAUUGACAGUCCCGUGUUUUCAAUUUAAAUUGAUUUUCUUUCAAAAAGGACUUCCUGCAUGCUUGUGGUGAGUAGGGGAUAAAGACACUACCGCUGGGCUUGGAAGAACAUAUAUAAAACGUACAUUUUGUUUUCUCAAUGCUGAUUAUGGAGGUGACAUUUGCACAUCUGGCACAAAAAUAUCAUGUUAAGGCUUGUAGAUGAUGAUUAAGGAUGGAAAUGAUGAAAAAUUAACAGUCCCCAUGAACUUAGGGACAGUUUGCCCUGGAUAUUCAGUUUUCUUUGUUUAAAUGAAACUUCUUUGAUCCUGCCAUCCAUGCCUAGAAAUUAGAUAUUCAGUGGGGAAGCCAUUGCUGUAUGAAGUUUGUGAUACAAUUUUUGUAGCUAUAAGUCAUAGAAUAUUAUUGUAAUUGAGGAGACUGAUAUUUCUAAUUGAAUAAAUCUUCAG